ACCAAAAUUUUCCAUUAAUUCUCAAAUGUAGGGUUGGAUAAAUGCUUUUGGUCUUGAAGCUUUUUUAAUAAGAUUUAGCAAAAAGGUCAGAAAAGUAAUUAACUCAGGAAAAUUACUGGUAGAAAAUGCACAGUUGAAUAGGAAAUUUCAGUUCUUUAACUUUCAGUUUAUUGAUAAAUUGGGUAAACAGAGAACUGUCUGCUAGCAACGAGUCACAACACAAGCUUUAGCCGAACUCUCAAACAACAUUCAACCAUGAAGCCACUAAGACUUUUCAUCUGGUUAUACUUGAUCCCUGUAAAAAACAGACAGUAUGAAAUACUCAGUUUAAGAAGUGUUCUAUCCUUCAUGAUCUGGUUUUGUAUUCCCAUGGGUUUGUUCUCAAUCCCAACUUUUCUAGAAUCUGUUCCCAAUUAUGAAUUAAUGAAAAACAACCCAGUUAUCAUGGCUAGUACAAUAUCAAUAUUAAUAAAUGGAAUGGCUAUUGCAUUGUCUAUGCCUGGAUUACUUGCAAAUCUUGUUGAAAAGUCAGAAGUUGAUCUUGAUGUCAGUAAGUACACCAAAAAAUGGGUUGCUAUGUACAUGAUCAUCUUCACUGCUGCAACUAUAUUAUUUUUGAUGAAUUAUUAUUCAUCAGAAAAUUUUGUGUUUAUAUGUCCCACUAUGAUAACCUUCCAGUCAAUGCUCGCAAUGCUUGUAUCAGCCUACUUGAUUACAACUAAUCUUGUCUGCAUUUCCUUUAUUGAGGAGGCAACUGAUUUGACUAAGGAAGACAAAGAUACAGUCACUAUCUCACGUUCUAUGAAUUUAGUAAAGAAGAUGAAAAUGCUAAAGAGCGGGUUCAGUCCACUCCUUUUUUCAAUGCUGGUGAACUAUUCUGUAAACCUGGUAGUCUGUUCAUACAGUGGGUUGUAUUUUCUGAAGCUGAGACAAUAUUUCAUGGGUGUAACCCAGAUAACAAUGGUUGCAAUAUAUCUUUUAAUUGUCUACUCCCUAAUCUGCAGUUGCGAUGAAGUAUUCCAAGCUCUGUCUGCUAAUAAUGAUAAACUUAGGAAGAUGUCCUUGAUGGCGGAUGAUGAAAUGAAGCACAAAAUUCUGACAGCUCUUGAAAUGAUCAGAGAAGAAGGACCAUUUACUGCUCUUGGAUUCUUUGAGGUUAAUAAAUCAACGUUCAUGACAAUUAUUGGAUGCACCAUCAACUAUCUGGUUAUCAUGCUCUCCUUGUAAGAGACUUAGUUUACAUGACCACAUGUAUUAAAGUAGCUUAAUAAUGGGUUUUAAAAGCACUUAGCUAUGAUCCUCAUUUACUCAAGGUUUAUGCAUUGAAACUGAAAUAAAUUAUUUAUCCUUUUUAA